ACCACCCCCACCAGCCAUGCCUCCCCCUCCGUACUCUCCCUCCCCUGACGCACCCUCCUACUCCAUCGACCCUCGCCCGUCAGAGAUGCGUCUUGCCCUGACCACACGCAAGACUCGCAGCCUUACAGGCGACGAGACCAUCACCGUCUCGGGAGACAACAUCGCCCUCGCCUUCAGCGGCCAAGAGCACGGCGCUAACGUCCCCACCUACGGCCGCCACGCGCUCAUCCAAGGCGAAGUCGCCCUCGCGUCCACUCAGAACGUGCUCGCCGUCUCGCUCACGCUCCAGGGUACCCUUGCCCUCACCUUUGGCGAUGGCACGGCCAACACGACCACAUUCUUCUCCAUGUCCGAGCCCCUCUGGAGGGCGGGCCCAUCGGCGCCGACGUGCCAGUCCAUGCUGCCCUUCAAGAUCACCAUGCCUGACACUCACAUGAAUCUCGGCCGAACGCGUGUCCUACCUCCGACUUUCAACGCGGACCUUCCAGGCUUGCCCGUGGUCCACGUCGGCUGCAAUUACGCUUUGACCGUGUGCGUCACCAAGACGCGUAGCCUCACGCCAUGGAAUCCAAAAUCAACGUUGAAUGUUCCGCUCAUGUAUCACCCUCGCACCCGGCCGCAUCAAGCUAUCAUCCCGUCCGCCUUCCCAUUUCUCUCGACCAUCAAAUCCGUGCCAGAAGAAUGGCAUCAGGUUAUCUCGACGAUGUCCACCACUUCGAGCGCAAAAAUCGCACCUAUAGAAUGCCAUCUCUUCGUCCCGGAAGUUCAAAUCUACGCCAUCACAGACACCGUGCCCUUCUUCCUCCAGCUCUCCGCGCCCCUAUCCUCGCUCGACGCCUUCCUCCACCCUACCCCACCGACGACGUCCCGCCUCGGCCGCACGAAGAGCUUCGACCCCGCUGCGCGCCCGGCCCUGCGCGUGUCGCUCGUGCGCCAGGUGGCCACGUCCGUCCGUGGCGAGUCUGCCAUUCGCACGCUCGUGCUCGGCGAGGGCAUACUUCGCGAGCUCCCGCCGGCCGCGCCGACCGGAUCGAACCCGCUCCGGGCGCCUGCGGAGGGGUGCGAGGCGCUCAACUGGGAAGGCGAGGUGCGGUGUCGGAAGGACGUGAAGAAUGGCGGGUUCAACGCCACCGGCCUCGUCGUCAAGGACUUUAUCCGCCUUUUGUUGGUUCCGCCGAACCCGAAGACGUCGCCCCUUCUCGAGCAUGAAAAUCUGUUCUCGAUUCGCCUCGUCACCGACUCG